UCCAAUGUCCAGUCCAAAUUAGGCCAUUCAUAGGCGUCUUUUAAAAGCCAGACUUUUGCAGCGGGACCAGGAUUGUACAAUGGGGGCAGGAAAAACGGGUCGACCCCGCGUUGAGUUUUUAUGAGCGCGUGGCGCGAGAGAGGCGAGAUCCGCUGGACUGGGAGGCAGCCUAAGCAGAAGACACGUGUUAGGCUCUACUAAAGUGAAGAAGGUUCCUCUCCCGACGUGUAUCGGAGACGCGAAAGUUUCAUCGGAGACGCGAAAGUUUCAUCGGAGACAAACCGCCCUUGGGCCGGAAGAAGCCAUGAGCCUGGGAACAACUUCUCGCUCUCUCACGGUGGGGCUGAUGCUAGUAUUGUGCAUCAACAGGUCCUUGGGCGUCCCCACUUUCAGAAAGGAGAGAGUUGUUCGUCUCGAUCCCGAACUCGGCAACCGGCAACACGAAGAAAAUCAGAGCUUCCAGUAUGAUCACGAAGCCUUUCUGGGCAAAGAUGAUGCCAAAACUUUCGAUCAACUUAGCCCGCAGGAAAGCCAGGAACGGUUGGGAAAAAUUGUUGAUCGGAUCGAUGAUGAUAAAGAUGGUUUUAUCACAACAGAAGAACUGAAAAAUUGGAUUAAAAGAGUACAGAAACGUUACAUCUUUGAAAAUGUGGCUAAGGUCUGGAAGGAUUAUGAUCUCAAUAAAGACAAUAAAAUUUCAUGGGAAGAAUACAAACAAGCAUCAUAUGGCUACUACUUAGAGCAUUCCAAAGAGUUCCAAGAUGUCACAGAGCAACACAAUUUUAAGAAAAUGCUGCCCAGAGAUGAAAGAAGAUUCAAACAAGCUGAUCUGGAUGGUGAUUCAGAAGCAACUCGUGAGGAAUUCACUGCUUUCCUUCACCCGGAGGAGUUUGAGCAUAUGAAAGACAUUGUUGUUCUAGAAACACUGGAGGACAUAGACAAAAAUGAAGAUGGUUUUGUGGAUCAGGAUGAAUACAUUGCUGACAUGUUUGCACAUGAAGAUGGGGGACCUGAACCAGAUUGGGUGGUAACAGAACGUGAACAAUUUGCAGAUUUUCGAGAUCUAAACAAGGAUGGAAAAAUGGAUAAAGAAGAAAUUCGACACUGGAUUCUUCCAAAAGAUUAUGAUCAUGCACAAGCCGAAGCAAGGCAUUUAGUUUAUGAAUCAGAUGCAGAUAAGGAUCAGAAGUUAACCAAACAAGAGAUUCUAGAUAAUUGGAACAUGUUUGUUGGAAGUCAAGCUACAAAUUAUGGAGAAGAUCUCACAAAGAAUCAUGAUGAGCUAUAAUGUUUUUUGAAAAGCAAAUAUAUCAGAGACUUUUGUCUGAGUUGCCUGUAGAUGACCAGAAUAACAAUGGUCAUUAUGGCAAAUUAAUUUUGCACCAGUAUAUAUUUCUAACAAAAAAGCAAUUCUGUUAAUACCAUUGAAUGCCACAGAUGUCACUUCUUCUAAAUGCAUAUUUUAAUGAAUUCAUUGUAACUUGGGGAGCACAUUUUCCAUUUGUAGGUUGACAUACUUUCACUUCAAUCUUGUAACCUUGGAUUUAUCACUAAAAUCAGUGAGAUUUAACCUGUGAAACAGAGUAACAGAGUAAGAUAAACAGCCUCCAAUCUUACUACUUAACAUGUACAACAUCAUACUAUGUGUGGAGAGUUGAAUAAUUCAGUGCUCUUUCAUGGUAUAGUCCACAGGUGUCAAACUCUCUGCGUCACAUUACUGUCACAUGACUUUUUCCCAUCGUGGGUGUGGCCUGCACAUGACGCAUGUAUCCCGUGGGCCACCAGCUUGACACCCGGGUAUAAUGAAACCCCCCAUAUUUCAAAGAACAUGGAGUCUAUCAAUUGUUUUUGCGGUACAACUCAUUCCCAAUCCACGUGACCAAUGGUAGUCAAAAAGCUUGGCUUUCAUCCCUGCCAUGUAGGGAUUUCUUUUAUAUCAGAAUGUUUCAAAUGUUUUAUCUCAUGUAUAAUGAAGUGGUAGAAGCAUCAUGUAAGGUUACAUCACAUGAAGUAUACUAUCAUCAGAAUGCAUUGCUCAGGUUUUCAGUGAUAGGUCUCUACUCAGAACCAAGAUCUGAUCUUAGAAAGUUACACAACUCAUAAUGCCUAUGGAUGACAUGCAAGGGUCCAUACUUUUUCUCUGCUGCCAACUAGUGGUCAUCUAAAUUAUUGCAGACCAGAUAUGUCAUGUAGCAAAUGCAGCAUGUGAUUAAAACAGUUUUUAAAGAGUGACAUUGUUGGGGAAAUACUACUAAAUAUAUGGUUCAUACAACAUGAUGCUGUACCAUGGUGAAGAAAUUCUUUGGGAAUAGACAUAAUCAAACACCUUUGUCCUUGCAUAUUCUCCUCUGGCCCAUGCCAAGUUCUUCAUUUUCAGGCUUCAAUUCUCAGAAUUUUCGAACAAUCAUAAUGCUUGUUUGGGAUUUCUGGAAGCUGCAAGUAUAAUACAGCUGAAGAACAUUGGAUUGGGAAGAUAUUAAUCUUUGGAACCAAAGAAUAAUGGAAAAAUGCAACAAAAUUUAUGAACUUAAAAAAAUUCUUUAAAUUCUUAUGAGUUAAAUUCUUGAAGUUAUAUUUAGGAAUAGGAAUGAACAAAAAUUCCAACUACAGCAAUCUUGAAGCAUUUGAUAAAUUUUCAGGAUGCUUAUUUUAGUUACUCAAGUAACUAAAAUAGACCAAGGGUGCUGGGUUUAACUUGAAACACUAAUUAAUUAAUUAAAUCAAACCUUUGCCUAAGCAUAAUCAAUCAAUCAAUCAAAAAGGAUUUUAAUGGAGCUUGACUGUUCAGAGAUGUUUGUCUCGGUAAUAUCAUUAAAAUCCAAUUAUGACAAAUGCUACAAAAUGUUAUGGUAAUACUAUGUCAUAUAAUAUAAUUUAUCUUCUUAGUAUGAGAAAGUAUUAAUUGCUGGAAACAAUGAUUCAUUCCCGCAAUAUAGAAAUCCAUUUUGUGCGUUUCUCACCAGUUACAGUACUUCAGAUUUUUUUCUUCAUGAAUGGAUUUUUAUAUCUGCAGGUUCUCUGUGCACACUGUUGUGACAUAGAUCUUCCAUUAACUAAAUGCUUUUAUUAUGGUGAUGUCAUGACAUACCAAAGACAUCUCUUCAAUUCAGAGAAUGUUUUUAAGAAUUAGCAUGCAUGCAGUUUUGUUAUUAGGACUUACCAAAUUGCCUUAAUGGCUAACGCUCAUUGUCUUAAAGCCCCACAUGUGUCGGCCAUUUCCAAUUAGUAUUUCUCCUACAGCAGUGUUUCUCAACCUUGGCAACUUGAAGAUGUCUGGACUUCAACUCCCAGAAUUCCCCAGCCAGCAUCGGGAAUUCUGGGAGUUGGAAGUCCAGACAUCUUCAAGUUGCCAAGGUUGAGAAACACUGUCCUACAGGAUAGAGAAAAUACUGCACACACAGCUUUGUUUUUAUAUAAGGACUAUCUCCAUGCUUUUAUAUUAUACUCUAUAGACGCUGAGCUUAUUCUUACGGGCAUCACCAGUAAAUUCAUAAUGUUAUAAAGAGAGAGACAACUCACUGUGAUCACAGAUAAUAAGUAAACAACAGUUUAUUUGGAACUUUUGUCCUAUGUUUACUUACUUGAAACCCUGCCCCUCCCAAAUGUGUACAUGGAAUAAAGUUUCUGGCAAAUU